ACAGCUGUCUUCUAUCAUUCCAUUCAGGUAUUUCCUUUGCUAACUUACAGCCUAGUUGGUCAUCCUCGAGGCAAACGUAUGUCGUCUUUUCGCAUUUGAACUAGUUCUGUCUGGAAUAUGAGUAUCACCUGCCCAGUAUGUAAGGGACGGUCAUUCAUUGAUCAAACUGCAUACGACGGCCAUCUUGGAGGGAAGAAACAUCUCCAGAAAGCAUCCGCGUUACAGCGUGCUUCCAAAGCCUCGACUGGUGUAACUCCGAGUACUCAACAGUUACCACCUUCAAACCAGUCUUCUGCAGGCAGCUCAUCAGGUAGUCAAGCAAAUAAGUCAAUUUGUUUUAAAUGUGAGUCGACCUUCGCGAACGAGGCUGGGAUGAAGGAUCAUCUUGCUGCUGCUCAUGGGUUGACUUUCUGCGACAAUCCCUGUCGGCAGUGGAUUGAUCGUGAGCAACUUGCGAGACAUUACACGCUCUCUCCAAAUCAUCCAAAGUGCGCCAAGUGCAAUAAAGGGUUUCGAGACGCAGGGGCAUUAACGAGCCAUAGAUCAUCAUCUCAUCCUCAAGUAGUUUGUACGACGUGUAACGAGGCUGUGGAUAAAGAUGAACUAGCUGAGCACUGGAAGCUUUCGAGCAGCCACCCGACUUGUGUUCAGUGCGAUAUCGGUUUUGAAGACAUGGAUGCAUAUCUGAAGCACCAAGGCGUUGAACAUAUAUAUCCGUGCCUUGUCUGCAACGUUGGCUUCCCAACCAUCAAAGCUCGGAAGCAGCACUAUUAUGAUACACCUGCCAGUCAUCCACGAUGCAUGGAGUGUUCCGAGUCCGUCAAAGACGAAGAUGCUUUGCGCGAUCAUAUUCACGCUGUUCACCACCUCGACCUCUGCGUGCACUGUCAUCAUUACCUUCCUACCGAGCAUGUGAAAGAGGCGCAUCCAGAGAUCUACUGCGAAGAAUGUGACAUAAUAUUCCUGAAUGAGGAAUGCCUCUCAGAACAUUACAAGAUAUCAGGGAAGCACGGUUGCUGCGUUAUGUGUGAUAUUGGAUUCAAGACUGAAGGCGACCAGACUUUGCAUAUGAUUUUUGAACAUGAAGCGGGUCCUGGUUGCAAGCCUUGCCACAUUGUUUUCGACAAUGUGGAGGAACUUCACAAGCACUAUCGGCUUACAGGACCUCCAAAGCAUCCAUUAUGCCCCAAAUGCGGCAAAGGAUUCAGUGAUGAAGACAGAUUGUCCAGCCAUCUCGCAUCUGAUCAUCCCAAAGUACUCUGCACCCCAUGUCGGCUGUAUCUGGACGUUGAUCAGUUAGAAUCCCAUUUCAAGACAUCUUCGAACCAUCCGUCGUGUACUCGGUGCGACCAGGGGUUCGAGAACCGCUUAUUGUUUUCAGAGCAUACCUUUGGUCUGCAUCCUGAAUUAUGCUGCGAUACGUGUUGGUUAGCCUUCGAAGAAUCUGUAUUAUUGGAGCAACAUUACAUCGAAUCUGGGAUGCACGCUACGUGUCCGACGUGUAUGCGAGGAUUCAAAGAGAACGUAGAACUUCUCGACCAUAUUCAAGAGGUUCACGCCAACGACAAAUCUUGGGAACAUGUCAACAAUGACGAAGACACGUCCUCUGCAUGUGAUGUGGAUGAGGUCCAUGAUAACCUAGAUUCUUCUGGAUCGAUUGUGGGUGUCCUCGGGCGAAAUGUUACAACAACACUUAUGGCUCGAGGUAGUACCAACAUCUCCGUAGUAUCGCUCAAACCUCUACCUUCCACUGCAGGCAAUCCUGAUCACAGCGACUCGCUCAAAGGACCAGCCAGCCCAAUUUUGUCGAGCGUAACUUUAAGCACUAUUGGACAGCCUCUGGUUGCUUCACUGCCGUCGUCAGAAGCAUCUGACAUUCAGGCUAGUGUCGCCCCUACCCAGCUCGCCAAUCGCAUAUCAGUCUCCCUGAACGAACAGCUUGCUGCGCGAGGGCUGCCCGAAGAAUCGGCAGAGAGCAGGCCGGCACGGCUACAGUCCGCGUUGUCCUCAGGGCGAACGACGCUCGCUCCACGACCGAAACAGUCCUUUGACUGUCGUAUUUGCAAGAGUGAUCCUGAAGAGCCUGUAGCCACGAUGUGUGGGCAUUUGUUCUGUCAUAAGUGCCUCAUUCAGGAAUUAGCAAACCAUGACCGUUGCCCUGCUUGCGAUAGUAUGAUUUUGCUUCGUCUGCAAGUCUAGUGUCGGGUUCAUGAAGGUGGAUUCUUUGAUUUUCUUUCUUCGUAAUGUACAUAUUUAUGGUUAUACAAUCGUACUGAGAUUCUUCAGGAUAAGCACAGAUGCCUCUCUUUGGGUCCGACGACUGCUGUCGUCCUUCGAGGGCUUCGAAUCGACUCAUGUACGACGCGUGGCAUUGGUCACUCUAUAGGCAAACAUGUGGCUUGUCUUCGAAGGGCAAUUAACUUGCUCAC